AAAAUUCAACUCAUCAUCAGAUUAAUUCAGGUAACCAUGGUAAACUCAUUGACCAGAAAUCAGUUAAUUAACCAACUAACUCCAAAUAUUUGCUAGUAAUCAGUUAAAUUUAAGUCCACAAAUCAACAAGAAAAAAAACUUGACGAUUUAUUUUCCCACAACAAUCAGCUAAUUGUAACAUAAAUCUAACCCUUGCUACUAAUUGACAAUCAAAUUGAUGUUAAAUCAGCUAUUGGAUUUGUCGAUGUGCUAAUAAGUUGCCGUUGAUUGUUAAGCGAUGACUUUAAUUUCUAGACCAUUUGUUGGACUGAUUUGUUUAAUUGCUGUUCUUUACCUUUUUAUAUUAACACCGAUUCUAGUAAAUGGACUAACCGAUGGGACCUGUUAUUCAAAUGAGACCCUUGAGCUGUUCACCUUUACUCCAGGUCAAUACGAACCUGAACCCGACGGUAAACCGUUAAGACCUGAAAGAUGUUCGGGUUUAUGUGCGGAUGCUGAAUACCCACUGGCGGGUGUUGUAUCCUCCGUCUACUGUUUGUGUGCCGAUGAGACAACGAUAUCGACAUUGGAAUCAUUGUUUCCCUUAACACCAAGUGAAUGUAAUUCGACCUCCGUUGAGGGUAACCUUCAAGUCUACAAGGGUGAAAUUCUUCACGCCGUCACUGGCCUGACAAUGAACGUUACCCCGACUUCGGUGGGUUACACUCAAGAAGUGGUCAAUUUUACCAUCUCCAUCAAGACGGGUGUUGAUGUACAGUUUAGCUUUGAUUUCGGUGAUGGCUCAGCUCGAACUGAAUGGAAUAGUUCAAGAAAAUAUUCACACAUCUAUGAAGGUUCAGGUUAUUUUAAGGUCAAACUUUUUGCCCGACAACCAGCUAAACCUGAACGAUUGGUUGUGGUCAAUUCAAAGGUCAUUCAAAUUGUUGACAGAUUGGAAUCGAUUGAUAUUGAGUUUCAUUGUUUCCCCGUCAUUGAACCAGAUGAAGAUUCGGGCUGUAAUGUUACCGUUCUUGCAGGACAAGAUUUAAAUGCGACAGUUGAUUUUGGUGAUUCAACGGAGCUUCUUGAAUUUACUAUUCCCGAUACUCGAUUUAAUCCAUUUGGUCCAUUGAUCGCUGAUUCGGCCAACAUGUCAUAUGAGGAAGCUCCUCAUGGCUUGUAUAUUCUAUCAGAUUCGGCAAAAUCUUAUUCAAGUAAUUCCAACAUUCGAGCCCUUGAAGGUUAUUCAACACUCGGCGGAGACUUAGAGUUGAUUGUUUAUCGACCUUGGUGCGGUAAUAAUACACCCUGUUCUCUGGGAGUGGUCUCGUGUUCACCGCCCAAAGUUUUCUGCCUUCGGGAUAAAAACUGCAUCGAUCCAGGAACAAAAGUCGAUGGCGGAGGAGAUUCAUCCAAGAAGAAACUGACCGCAGAUCCAUCGGUUCAGGUACCAUCACCUGAUUCCUGUCGAUCUCAUAUUGAUCUUUUCCCAGAAUACAAGGUCGCCCGACGAGUGAAAGUUACAGUGACUCGAAAUUACUUUUAUUACCAUUUAUCGAAGUCUCGAGAUUUUCGUAUUGGUGAUCUGAUCGCUCUUAGACUUUUUGAUGCUAAACUUGCAUUUGUAGCGACUGAACCAUCGUCGACAUCAAACCUUGACCUUAUUUAUUCAUCUACAGUACCAUUAGAACGUGAAACACCAACAAUAAUUGGCUACGAAUCAUUGAAACCCAUGAACAGUAAAAAACUUUUAGUUCGAGUGAUAACUUAUGAGAAUUCUGAGUUUUACCUACCACAUCCAUACGCUGAUAACGGUAACUACACUGUAAAAUUAGUUCUCACCUCCCCUUGGUUAGAAAACGUGAAAAAUUUUACUUACGAGGCCAAAAUUGCGGUACAAACACCAAUUGAUCAGAUAAGACUUCGAGUAGUCCCACCCAACGCUGUGGUCGGUCAAAAAGUAUCAGCGACGAUUCGUAUCAACGGUGGAUCGGAUGUUAAACUUACCUGGGACUUUGGUGAUACUUACAAGACCACGAAGAAAGUUGAUUUCGUCAAAACGGGACAAAAGUUUCUCGAGUCUCAUGAAUACACUACACCGGGUGUUUAUCGUAUAAAUGUCGGCGCUUCGAACCUUCAAAAUAAGUACACAACCGGACAAACAAUUACAAUUCAAUAUCCGAUCACAAGUGACUGGAAAUUAGCAUCAAAUUCACCACAACUUCUUCCAGGAACAAUUGAUUUACUAUUAACUUAUCCAACUUCGUCAAACACUUCGGACAUGAUAUUACCAACCAAUGGAAGUGUUUCAAUACUUUUCGGCGAUGGGUCAACUCUCGACUGGACAAUACCAGAGAAAUGGUCAGAAUUACCAAAUGGAGAGAAAAUAUUUUCCCAUCGUUACAAGCAUCCUGGACAUUAUAAAGUAAUCGUGACAAUGUCCAAUCUCGUCUCAACAUUGACUCUAAAAACUGAUAUUUUCCUAUUGAGACGUAUCAAUGGCUUUGAAUUGGAAACCUUUACCUAUGGACCAGGUAAACAUAUAACAGAUAAAUCAUCUCAACUUGAUGUUACCUCAUCAUCGUCAUCAUCAUCAUCGAUUGAUGCAGGUAAACGGAUUGAAAUUGAGAUAAUGACUGAUGAUAAUAUCAACAAGAAUCGACAUAAAUUACCUAUUGGAAGUCAAGUUAAAUUUACCUUUAACCAAACCACCGGUGAUGUUGAUAAAUAUAUUGUUUAUCUUAAUGAAAAAUCCAUCAAGGAGACAGUUGACAACAGAUUCCUUUUUAUUGGAAAAAAGCCUGGUUGGCAUAAUUUCACCUUCUAUGCUUAUAAUAAAAUCCAAGGACGCACGGAACCGAUAACUCGGGAUCUUUACUUUAUGAAGCCCGUUUCUGGCCUUGGACUGACCGAUAUUAGUGUUGAUGUUACCAAACCAGCGAAUAAGAUUUUCCAAAUAACCCUAAAUGAGAUUGGUACCGAUUCUUGUGUCGCUAUACUCUAUGGUGAUUUAAUGCCUUUCCAUAAGUCGGCUAGUCUAUUUGGUAAACCUGAACAUUGUUCAGAGGGUUUUCCUGAUAUUCUGGUAGCUCAUCAUGGUGAUAUUAAUGAAACAAUGACAGCACCUUAUGAUUAUACCGGUGGACCAGGGGACUAUGUGGUCACGGUAAAAGCUUGGAAUGCAAUUACUAAAACAAUUUCAACGCAAUUGACCACAACUGUCCUCGAAAUCGAUUGUUAUAUGCCAGAAGUGAGCAUUUUCAAUCCAGUAACAAACCGAACUCUUGGAACUAAAGUUUGGAAAUCGAAACCCGUUCAACUUUACUCACUGGCUAAAGUUGAUUGUAAUGCCUCAAUUACAAUCUCUAAAUACUGGGAAUGUUAUUCAAUCGAUGAGGCUACAGGCCAAAUCAUAGCACCUUUUGACCUUUCGACACUUGACUCGUACCGAAAGACGGUUCUUUAUGUUCCGCCAUUUAUGUCCCAGGGUCUUUAUGAGUUUCGGUUUGUUGUUAACUUGACCAAUUUAGAGCCUCAUCCGUUGUUACCUUUUUCCAAUUAUGCCAAGACUUAUAUUCGAGUGGUGCGUUCACCGUUUAUCGGUAAAAUGACCGCUGGAGCCGAAUCAAGAGCGAUCAGGGGUAUGGGUCAACGAUUGAAACUCGCACCAGGAUUAUAUUCAGUUGAUCCUGAUGAUGAAACGAAUAAAAACUUUAGCCUUAUUUGGUACUGUCGACGACUUCCCAGUGAGAAACUUUUCGAUUCGGAAAAUGACAAGAAAAAGGAAAAUAUGAAACCAAAGAAACCAUUGAAAGCCGAUGAAGAUGAUGAGGACGAAGAUGCCGAAAAUGAGUCACCAGGUGAUGGAAACGAUUCUGGAUCGACAAAUCAAAAGGGUCAACGGAAUGGUUCAGCUGGAGAGGAAGAGUUGACAAUCUCGAAUCCAUUGUGGGAACGACCGGCCAUGGAGGAUCUCGGCGGGUGCUUUGGUAAAGGUCCAGGUCGGAUCAAUAUAACGGAUAAAUCAAUCGACUGGCCGACCUCAGUUUUUUACGCUGCUGGUUUCGUCUAUGAGAUUGUGGUCAAAAUUGACCCGCCCGAUCGUGAACCUUCUUGGUCAGGUAUUCAGUUGAAUCUUCUUGACAGGUCACCACCUUCAAUCACAAUUCAAUGUCAAACACCAGCUCUUUGUUACCCACACGUACCGAUAGGCCAGAAAAUUAAUCCGGUUCGAGUUGGACUUAUCGGUGUUUGUGAUGAAGAUUGCGGUGGAUCGUUAAUCUAUGAGUGGACAAUUUUCGGUAUCGAUUCAAUUUCAGGGGAGGAACAUCUCCUUAAAGAUGCAGCGGACUUUGUGGUCGGUGCACAUGACGUAAAAAUGGCCUUGGGUAAAGAGUUUUUCGAUCGGUUUUAUCCAAAAUAUGGAGACUUUUUCGCUAAACUUGCAGUUAUAAAUGAACGUGGUGAUCGAGGUGAAUCAGAUAUUUUCCUUCAUAUAAACAAACCACCAACGGGCGGAGAUUGUAAUAUGACCUCAACUGGUCAAUACGCUUUGUUGGACAAACACGCAAUCAAUUGUUACAAUUGGUAUGAUCCAGAAUUUAAACCAAUUGAAUAUUAUGGAUUCUGGAUCUGGGAUCGAGUCAAAGAUUCAAUUUCAUUCCUCUCAUAUGGACCCACACGCGCAGCGACAUUAAUACUGCCCCCAGGUGAAUUCAUGGUUGGUGUCGAUAUCCGAGAUAAAGAAGGAGCACUAACAAGACACCCGAUAGCUAAUCUAACACUCAUUCCACCGACUCAACAGCAAUUUGAUGCUUUCAUGGAAUUGAAGCAAUUUGAAAAUGCUGAUGCCGCCGGUGAUCAAUCAAGAAUGUCAAUGAUAUCUCAAGCUGUCUCAUCCUUAAUGAAUAUUGAUCUAAUUGAUGAGAAUCUACUGGACAUGAUGACCACAACAACGACAACAACAACAACCACAACAACCACAGUUAAACCAUCAAUCGGUAAUGGAACCAUUUUCGCCCAGAAAAGUGAAGCUAAAAUCGAGGAGGAAGUUAGAACUCGAUCGAAAAUGGUUCAAUCAGUUGAGAGUAUAAUGAAUGUGGACACAUUGAAUUCACUUGAGGCCAUUGGGUCAGUUUUAUCAGCGAUCUCAGGGCGUGGUAAGGGUAUUGACAAUGAAGCUAAAGAAGUUGUUCUAAGAUUAUUAAAUAAAACAAUUAACAUGGCAUCGAACUUGGAAGUUGAAUCUCCUCAACAGUUAAUUGAUUUCUGUAUGUUUGCUGUUGGCACAAUGGGAGCAAUUGUCAAUAGAAUGACUGAACAAUUGAUAAAAAAAGUGGUCCUACCGACUGACCGAUCCAAGGCUUGGGGAAUUGAAUAUGAAGUUGAAGCCCCUGAUUAUGGUGAAUCCAAAGAUUAUGUUUUCGAUGGUAAAUCAUCAGUUGAAGAAUCUCUGGCUCGAGCUGUUAUUCUCAAUGAGAGGAAACUUGGAGAGGAACAGAUUAAGCAAAUGGUUGGACUGACAAUCGAUCUGGUUCUGGCCAUGCUAAGGAACAUCGUUGUUGGUGAAAAGCCACUUACAUUUUCAGCUCCUUCAGGAUUAUCACUCACCAUUGAGAUGUUCAAUGGAGGUGGAUUAUCAAAUAAGUCAAUUGAACAUGGGGAUGCAGUUUAUAUCUUUCCCGAAGUUUGUUCAAUUCUGGCAAGUAGGGAUACAUGUUAUGGAAAUGAAACCAUGGGGAUCAUGGCUGUUUCAUGGCCAUCCAUCUUGGAAUCGUUUGGUAAUAGUGUUGACUUACUUUCUCAAGAUACUCAAACACUACAAUUGAUUGUCUUGGAUGAAGAUUUAAGGAUAAUUGAUGUUUCCAAUGCGACCGAUUAUUUCUCAAUAAUUAUACCCAGAGCGGGUUCUUCUGGUUCAUCAUCAUCAGAAUCAAAUGAAAUUGAUACAUCACUUUCAACGUUAUCUGGAGGUUCAAGUUUACCUAAUGAUGGUGAUUUUAUUGUUCCUAAGCCUCGAGAAGGUGAAUCAAUGCAAUAUCAUCAAUUCCUUGUGACCAAAGCUUAUUCAGCAUUGAAUAUUGAGAUAACUCCGACAAAUCCUUCAGCACGAUUGAUCUUAUUCCUUCACUAUAAGAGUAAACCUUUCCUUUCUCACCAUGAAGUUUCACUUCCUUUGGGGGUUAUUGGUAAUCAAAAGGGUUCAACUCAUGAUAUUUUCUUGGGAAAUAAUAUAAUAGCAAAUAGAACUGGUUUCUUUUACCUUGGAAUUGUUUCAGCUAAUGAAACGGCUCUUCGAGAUUCACCUUAUGCUUACCUGUUGGAUGACAUGAUGAUCCAUGGUAAUAUUAGCUUAGAUAAUUCAUCGAUGACCAUUGAAAAUGUUACGACGGCUGAUUGGAUGUUAACCGAUUUUGGGACAAAUUAUUCGAUUCGUAUUUACACUUCUGGUUGUUACUUUUUCGAUUAUAGUGAGAAAAUUUGGUCUGGAAAGGGUUGCUUUGUGGCCCAUGCAAAUGCCCAUAUGACCCACUGCAAGUGUAACCAUUUGACCUCAUUCGGAUCGGGAUUUUUUGUCAUGCCAAAUACUAUUGAUUUUAGUUAUGUCUUUGCCAAUGCUGGGUUCGUUGAUAAUAUUACCAUUUAUAUGACUGUUAUUUUGACCUUGGCUGUUUAUAUUAUAUUGGUUAUUUGGGCUCGAUCAGCUGAUCGUGAUGACCUUAAGAAAAUGGGAGCAACCCCGUUACCUGAUAAUGAUCCUAAAGAUAAAUAUCUUUAUGAGAUUUCAGUUUUUACCGGUGAUAAGGAAGCAUCGGAAACAGAUUCAAAGGUUUCAUUCAUUUUAUCGGGCGAUGAUGAUGAGACGGAUGUUCGUAGUUUAACUGAUCCGGUUAGGAAAGUUUUCCGCCGAGGAGCUCAGGAUAUCUUUGUCAUGGCGGUUCCAAGAAAAUUGGGUAGACUUACCUAUCUACGUAUCUGGCAUGAUAACUCAGGUUCGGGAAAGAAACGCUCAUGGUUCUUGAACUUUAUCGUAGUUCGUGAUGUACAGACCGGAGAGAAAUUUGAAUUCAUUUGUAACAAAUGGUUUGCCGUUGAAAAAGGUGAUGGAGUUAUUGAUCGGUUGAUUCCAGUCGCUGGUCUUGGUGAGGCCACUGAGUUUAGUCACUUGUUUCAUAAUAAAACUUCAAAAGGUCUUAAAGAUGGGCAUUUAUGGUUCUCAGUGUUUCUCAGGCCAAUUCGAUCUCGAUUCACUCGAGUUCAAAGGGUCUCUUGUUGCAUGGCGAUGCUUUAUUUGUCCAUGCUGGUCAAUGCUAUGUGGUACGAGAAGGCACCACCUAAACCACGAGCCUCUGCUCUCGAGUUUGGCCCUUUUACUUUGAGUCCAGAACAAAUUGGAAUCGGUUUCAUGGCUAAUUUGAUCGUUUUCCCGCCAACCUUUCUGAUUGUAUUGUUUUUCCGAAAGUCGCGGUUACGUCGCUUGAGGCCAUCACGGCUCGAAGAGGCUGCUAAAAGACAAGGUAUCAAGUAUAAAAAGUUAGCACCCGAGUCGACAGCACCAAGCUCGGGAUCUACUGUCGCACCUAUUGCAACGAUUUCUGAUAAUCGGCAUUCAUCAAUAACGAGCUCAUCGAUUAGCACUGGUAGCGCAGGUUUUGGUGGUGAUGGUGAUGGAAACGGUUUCGGUUUGACACAAAAAAAUGUACCUAAGGUCAAACGGACGAUCAAAAAAUCGAAGAAACAAUUUCUCUUACCUUGGUGGUGCCGAUACAUUGGAUGGGCACUUUGUGUCCUUUGUAUGGUUGUUUCUGUUUUCUUCUUGUGGGCUUACGGUGUUCAAUUUGGUGAUAAAAAGACGCGUAAAUGGUUGACCUCGUUGGUUAUCUCGUUUUUUGCUUCCGUCUUGAUAACUCAGCCGAUCAAAGUUUUCUUGACCGCGAUGAUAUUGUCAACGCUUUUCAAAGCUCCAGACGCAGAUUUUGAUGAAUCAGAGGAAGACGAGGAAGAUAUUGACCUGGAAUUAAGGCCAGACGAGGAAUGGCUUCAUGAUUUAGCUUCGAUGUCUAUGAACAAUUAUAAACGAGGAGGAGGUCGUCGUGCUAAAUAUUAUCGACCUCCAAAUUUAAAUGCUCUUGAACGUGCUAAACUUGAGCGACUCAAAGAGAUCCAAAUGGGAAUUGUUCUUAAAGAUAUUUUCUCUUACCUUGUCUUCUUGUGGCUUUUAAUUGUUCUGUCUUAUGGUAAUCGUGAUCCAAACGCUUUUCUCACCAAAGACUUUGUCAAGGCCACUUUUAUAAACGGAGCCAACACUGGAGCUUCAUUUACCUCGGCAACAACUACUGAAGGUCUUUGGAAGUGGAUUGAAAAAACACUCAUACCCGAACUAUUAAUUGGCCCUUGGUACAACGAUUAUCAACCUUAUGGACUUCGAGGUUUUCUAAAUGAUCGUGUUAAUCGCGUUAUGGGCUAUGGUGUUUUACGAUCAACAAGAAUUCGUGAGUCAACUUGUUCAAUAGCCGAACCAAUGGAUCGGCUUUUAAGAGAGCGAGCAAAAUGCCGAGAGUUUGGUAACAUUGUCUUUGAAGAUCGAAAACCUUAUAAUAAAGGUUGGACUCCAUUUAAUGUUUCGAUCGGUCAAGGUCACAAAGGUAAGCCAUCGAUAAGCAGCAAUCACACUCACCAAAUGGACUAUGACGAUAUAAGCGCUGAUGAUAUGGGCCCAGUUGAAGAAGGUAUUAUGACCAAAAUUCCAGGGGAAGAUAUUGUUCUUGUGAACCCGUCGAAGAGUAAGAAAACGGCCUGGCAAUAUCGAAAACCUUCUGAACUGAAUGGCCUUCCUUUCUGGGGAAUUCUUGAUAUCUAUUCAGGGGGAGGUUACACUGUUCCACUUCGAGGUUCAAAGGCACAACUUUUGGAGAAAUUGUCUGCUCUCAAGAACGAUAACUGGAUCGAUGGUCGAACUCGCUCAGUUUUCGCUGAGUUUUCAGCUUAUAACCCUCAGGUCAAUCUCUUUACAGUGGUAACUAUUGUCGCAGAAUUUCAACCAGGAGGCGGAAUUGUUCCUAAUUAUCGAAUUGAUGUUGUUCGAUUGAUUCGAUAUCACCAAGGUUUUGGACUUUUCGUUAUUCUUUGUGAACUUUCAUAUGUUUGCUUCAUCAUUUACUUUACAGUUCGAGAGAUUAAAAAACUCAAACUCGAGGGUUUAUACUAUUUCACAUCGUACUGGAAUUGGGCUGAACUUUUCAUUAUCGUUUGUUCCUAUGUGGCCAUUGGACUAUACAUUUAUCGAACCAUUUUAACCCAUACAAUUUUGAAAAUCUUCGAUCGAACCCAUGGAAACGGUUACAUCAAACUUCAAUACGUAACUUUUAUCGAUGAACUUUUCGGCUAUAUUAUGGCCUUUGUUAUAUUCAUCGGUAUCUUGAAAUUCAUCCGUUUACUGCGAUUCAACAAGCGAAUGGGUCUAUUGUAUUCGACGCUUAACCAAUGUUCUAAAGACCUAAAAUCGUUUUGCAUCGUUUUCCUUAUCGUCUUUUUUGCAUUCGUCCAAUUGUUUUAUCUGCUCUUUGGUACAUCGAUUCCCGAUUUUAGUUCAUUCAUUAACGCAGCUGAAACCUCUUUCGGUAUGGUGACCGGUAAAUUUGACUUCGCAGCCAUGGUCACUGCAGCACCGACCCUUGGACCAGCUUCUUUCUUCAUAUUCGUCCUAAUCGCUCAAAUAAUAUUGGUCAAUGUUUUCUUGACGUUAAUUAUUUCCGCUUUUGAGACAGUUAAACAUGAUAUUGCAAAGCAGAAUAACGAGUUCGAAAUGGUCAAUUUUGUUUGUACCAAGUUCAAGGAAUUGCUUGGUAUCGACGGCAAUGGUUCAGUUCAUCCUGGAAAUUACGAACCUUCAUCUCAGGCCCUUUCUGUCCACGAACAGAUUAAAAUGUUACCUGAAAAGGUUGAUCUAUUUCUCGAUCAUAUUGAUGAACUUUUCUACUCUUCGAAAAAUGGUUCAACUGGAAUACCUUCACCGGUGGUUGGGAAUCUUAAGCCGACAUCUUCCAAGUCAAAAUAUACUGACCUGAUGAAAAUUGGUCAAGGUGUCGUUGGUAGAGGUGAAAAAGGUGUUAGGUCAAACGUUUUCGGUUCAACGAUAAUGGAAUCACCUAAUGGUCAUGAUAACAUUUACGAUUAUUCAUCACCUACGAGUGCUGGUUCUAGACCAGGAGGACGAGCGGCAAGACGAGCAAGAAGAUUUUCUCGAACUGAAUCUGGCACAAUUCAGCAUAACUCUAGCCUGAGGCAAUCAUCGGGUUCUAUUGGUCUCUUGGAUUGGGCAGAGAUCCCUCGUCGGAAAUAAAUUGACCUGAGAAAAUACAAAAAAUCGAAAAAAGUUCAAACAAUAAAAGUUAAUUAAUCAUCAGAAUGUGAUACAGUUGAUUAUAUAUUUAUGAACGAUUGUCCUGGUUAGAUAAUAUUUUUUGUUUUCGAAAUAGAAAAAAAAUAAAGUUCUAAUAUUAUAAUAUAAUUGUAACGAAUAAAAUAAAUAUCAUCAUGA